UUCUGGCCAUGUGACCUUUGUGCCUGCAUUUUGGCAAUUAGAAGAGAACGAGCAGUUGGUUAGUGUAGACGUGAAAAUGCAAUCUGCUGUCAGGAGUUUGCUGCUCAGAUCUCUGAUUUGUACUGCAUGGUUCCUUGUGAUUGCAACUGAAGGGCAUAAAGGUGCACAACCAGAAGUGACUACCAAAUAUGGGCGACUUCAAGGAAAACAGACCAGCGUGAAAGGAGCAGACAGGCUCGUGAAUGUUUUUCUUGGAAUUCCUUUUGCAAAACCACCUCUUGGAUCCCUGAGAUUUUCCCCACCACAACAAGCAGAGCCAUGGAAAGGUCUGAGAGCUGCAAUUUCCUACCCACCAAUGUGCCUACAAGUCAUGGAGUGGAUAAAGACAAUAGAAAGAAUGUUAAAAACUGAAUUACCUCCCUUAACAGUUUCUGAAGAUUGUUUAUAUCUGAAUGUUUACACUCCUGCCCAUUCCAACAAGAAGGCUAAGUUACCUGUUAUGGUGUGGAUCCAUGGAGGAGCUUUCGUGAUAGGUGGGGCCUCGAUAUAUGAUGGGUCGGCAUUAUCCGCCUAUGAAAAUGUGGUGGUAGUAACUGUCCAGUAUAGAUUAGGUGUCAUUGGAUUCUUUAGUACUGGUGAUGAACAUGCUCGUGGAAACUGGGGCUUAUUGGAUCAAGUGGCAGCUCUGCAGUGGGUUCAGGAAAAUAUUGAGUUUUUUGGAGGAGAUCCAGAGUCUGUUACUAUAUUUGGAGAGUCUGCAGGAGCAUUCAGUGUUGGAGCACAUAUUUUAUCUCCAUUGUCAAAAGGUUUGUUCCAUAAAGCCAUAUCAGAAAGUGGAGUUGCUCUGCUUCCUGGCUUCUUUAUUUCCCAUGCUCAAGCCAUUGCUAACUUGCAGGUAAUCGCUAAUAUAUCUGGCUGUGAGACAACCAGUUCUGCCAUGGUUCGCUGUUUAAGGAAGAAAAUGGAUAAGGAAAUAAUGACCCUGAGUGCUGAUCUAAUGAAGCAAGGGGCAUAUUUCUUUGCAGUUAUAGAUGGUGUGUUUAUGCCAAAGAAACCUGAAGAGCUGCUGGCUGCCAAAGAAUUCAGUACUCUCCCAUAUAUAAUAGGAGUAAAUAACCAUGAAUAUGGCUGGCUUAUUCUUUCAGCACUUAACUUUUCUGGCAUAGAAGAAGGGAUGGAGAAACAAACCAUAAUCUCAUCAUUGCAGCUGACAUUUUCACAACUGAAGUUUCCAUCUGAAUCUGUGUCUGUGGUAGCAGAUGAAUAUUUAGGAGACACAGAUGAUCCUGCUGAGCUGCGAGACCGAUUUCAGGAUCUGAUGGGAGAUUUCCUCUUUGUUAUUCCAGCUCUUCAAGUGUCUAAAUAUCAUAGAGACUCUGGCGCUCCUCUCUACUUUUAUGAAUUCCAGCAUGGACCCAGUAUUUUUAAAGAUACUAGGCCAGAUUUUGUAAAGGCGGAUCAUUCAGAUGAACUUUUCUUUGUCUUUGGUAUGCCGUUCUUGGGAGAUGAUACAGGCAUAACUGCUGAGGCUACGGAGGAAGAGAAACACCUCAGCCGAACGAUAAUGAAAUAUUGGGCUAACUUUGCUCGAAAUGGAAAUCCUAAUGGCAAAGGUUUGGUUGAAUGGCCAGUCUAUGAUUUGAAUGACCAAUACCUGGAAUUAAAUUUAAAGCAAAAGAAAGCAGAGAAACUGAAACAGAACAGAGUGGAGUUCUGGACAGAGAUCUUCCCUGAAAAUGUGAAGAAAAUAACUGAAGACAGGAAAGAGCACUCAGAGUUAUAAAUGAUAAUGUUUAAAUUUGUAUCUUUCAAUUUGUCACAGCAAAAUUCUACCAGAUAAUAUUGGUUCAAUAGAAAAAGUUUAAUCUUAUUAGCACAUUUUUUAGUUUGAUUGAGGGAAGUGAGAGCAAAGCUCUGGACAUUAUAGAGAUUUUGUUGCUAACUAGCGAAAUAUGUGACAAAGUGGAAAACUCCAGAUCAUUUACAUUAAAUAAUAGGAGAUAUUAACAAUUGAAAAAGUCCCAACAGAAGUAAUUGAGGCACUAGGGGCAUUGGAGGGAAGACUAGAUAUAGCAUUUAGGGAUUUAAUGUAAAGGAUAAUCUUGUAUUAGAGGAAGUACAGGGAAAUAGAACUCUGUAUCUCAGGAAGAGACCCAUCUUCUGAGAUAUGAAUCCAACAUGGUGUGUAUCUUUUAAACAGCAACACAUAUUCCCCUCAAAUAUCUACAUUUUGAUAAUGGACUGGAAUAAAAUUUGGAACAUAAAUGAUUUCAAAUAUCAGAAAAGUCUGAUGGGGAAAUGUUAAAAAUAUAGGGCCAAAUUAUAUCCUGAGAUGCAUGCUUCUGUUUCCUCAACCAGACUUUGAAUGAUGCUAGGUAGGGCUUUUUGGUUUAUAUUAAUGCUUUGGGAGGGGGUUUUUAAACAGAAAAUGAAAGAGCACACAUGCAAAGGUUGUUAGCCAAUCUCAAUGUACGUACACAUAUAUGUAAUAUUGCUAAAAGCUUAACCACACUCUCCCAUACCAAACACAGUGCAAAUAACUUACCAAGAAAAGAAACAUUAACAUUUUUCCAAAAUUAAAACAAUCUCUUUUAUCAUCUAACAUUUUUCAGUAAUAUUUUCACUUGUAAAAUUGCACAACAUUUGAUUUUGUAUCAGAUAAUUUCCCUUUUUUGAUUAAUUUGUCUUUUACUCUUCCCUGGAUAAAUUAAAGCAAUGGAAAAUGAAAUAAUCUGAGCCACUGAAAUUUUCUUUGUUUACUGAUACGUCAGAGAUUAUGUCGUUGUGUGUGAUCAGGGAUAGAUAAAACGGAUAAAAAUUGUAAUACAAUAACAGGAAUAAAGAUGUGAGCCUCAAACAAAAAUUAGUUGCCUGUAUUAAGUAACUAUUUAAAAACACAGCAAAAGUUGUCCCAGUGUCACACACAAUGUUACAUACUGAAAUGCUCAUCAUACAAAGACAGGAUUCUACUUAUAAUCAAGAUGAAUAAGUAUGUAUAGUACUGCAUGUUUCAGCCUGGAAUAUCUCCUUGAAAGACCCCUUCAGAAGCUCUGCCCAUGAUGUUCAUACUGUUCUGAAAUUGUUUUCAAGCAUAUUAAAUCCAUAAGGCUCACAGGUCUCCCUGCAGGGUGGAUUAAGGCUAAGGAAGGGUGCUUAUGAUUUGUAACUCAUGAUGCCAGCUAGAUCAAGAAGGCAGAGCAGCCAGAAGCAACACAAAGCUCUGAUGAUUGCUGUGGACCAGCUGGGUUGAUUCAUUUAGAAGGAAGCUCAGGGACUCAGAUGUGGGAAAAGGAAGAAAAGAACCCAUCUGCAGAAGCUGAAAGGGAACGUUAACCCUGCAAAGGGCCUAGACUGAGAGAGGACUGCUUGUGAGAAACAGAAGCUCGGUGGAUCUGAGCCCAGUGUGGCAAGAUUGUUCCCCAAGGCUGUAGUGGUUUCAAGCUGUACUCCCCUGAUUAAUACUGCAGGGGUUUGUGUAUCUGAAGACACAAAGCCCUUCUGGAACUCCACUGUGGUGUGCUGAGGAAAGGUGCCUGCAGCUCUGUCCCUUGAGACUGCGGCAUACAUGCCUGCUAGUCAGCUAGUUCCACUCAGCCCAUAGCCCUAUCUCUUCCUGCCACUUUUGGGGUGGUUUGCACCCUAUGAGGUGCUGGCAGAAAGCCUACCCUGUUUGUAGGAUUGCAAUUUUGACUGGCUUCUUGUGCCCUCUCUGACCUUGCGCACCCUGCAUAAGGUGGUUAUAACCUGACCUUUAAUUUUUAACAUCCCUGGUUCUUGCUCUAAGGUAAACAGCAAUGACUUUCAAACGUGCAGUUUUAUUUUUGUUACAUGAGGUGAGAGGGGAGAAUUUAUUUUAGAGAUGAAAAAUUUGGUCUCUGGAGGAUACAAUGUAACUGUACAAUUCCAUCAGUUCAAUGUCACUUUCCAGUGGGUCUGAUUAAUGUUUACAUAAGGGGUGGGCAAACUUUUUGGCCUGAGAGCUGCAUCAGGUUUCUGAAAUUGUAUGGAGGGCCGGUUAGGGGAGGCUGUGCCUCCCCAAACAGCCAGGCAUGGCCCAGGCCCCAACCCCUAUCCGACCCCCCCACUUCUUGCCCCCGACAGGCCCCCCUCUAACCACCCCCUGAACUCCCAUGCCCUUGUCAUAAAUAUAAAGGGAAGGGUAAACCCCUUUGAAAUCCCUCCUGGCCAGGGGAAAGCUCCUCUCACCUGUAAAGGGUUAAGAAGCUAAAGGUAACCUCGCUGGCACCUGACCAAAAUGACCAAUGAGGAGACAAGAUACUUUCAAAAGCUGGGAGGAGGGAGAGAAACAAAGGGUCUGUGUCUGUCUAUAUGCUGGUCUUUACCGGGGAUAGACCAGGAAUGGAGUCUUAGAACUUUUAGUAAGUAAUCUAGCUAGGUAUGUGUUAGAUUAUGAUUUCUUUAAAUGGCUGAGAAAAGAAUUGUGCUGAAUAGAAUAACUAUUUCUGUCUGUGUAUCUUUUUUGUAACUUAAGGUUUUGCCUAGAGGGGUUCUCUAUGUUUUUGAAUCUAAUUACCCUGCAAGAUAUCUACCAUCCUGAUUUUACAG